AUGGAUGUGAAUCUGAAUCCUGAUCUUAUUACUGAAGCGUGGCGUAGUAUAAGGAUGAGAGUUCCACUUGAUCAAUGUAUGAAUGUUGAUGCGAAAUCAAUGAAGGAGCUAUUUUCUGUGUUGGAAGAAUUGAAUCGACUGUCGAAGCAGGAUGAUCCAAAUUCUGUGCUGGAGUGCAGCAAUUUUUCUGAAUUGAAUAAGCAACAUAUGAUACGUUUAUGGCGCGCAAAAGCAGAUGAUGAUGAUAUAAAAUGGGGUAUCGAUGUGGUUGUAGCUAAUUCGAAUAUUCGGAAGAGCUUGCAUCCAAAGGUUUGGUUGGUUGUUGACGGACAGGAAAUUGAAAUGAAUUUGGAAAUGUUUGCUAAAUUAAGAUUUGAGGUCUCUCGAGCACUGAGUCGGAUUGAUCGCUAUUCAUAA